AUGCCUCAGGUGGAUAACAUUACCGCUCUCGAACUAUGUGAUGCUGCUACGAACGGUUCCGUGGACCGGGUUGAGUCCCUGUUAGCCUCGGGUGUCGAUCCAAAUGUAGGAUUUGAUGAAUUGGCCUCUGCCCUCUCUGAAGUGGCAGACGACUGGGCUGGUGCUGAGAAAAGCACAUGUCCUCCAAUACUUUUCUUCGAUCACACUGAGGCACCUGCUCUUCGUCGGGCUGCGCAAGAUGGAAAUGCCAAAGCUGUCAAGAAUCGCGGCCGAGCAACACAAAUCAUGACAACUUUGCUCCAGCACGGCGCAGACCCUUAUGCAAUGUUUCGUCAGCCUAUCCAAAUCCAUCAUGGCCAACCUUUGUAUCCCGGUGACACCGAGGAUAAGGACUUUAGCGAUGAAGAGACCGAUCUUAUGAUGGUGACUAUGAACCACACUGAGAUCCUUCGAAAGGCUCUUGAAUUGGAAGAAUUACGACAACAAGGAAGGUCAGAGCCUGAGUAUGGUGAUUCUGAUUAUGAGUCCGAUUGCGAAUACGACAUGGCUCUCGCGUAUCAACCGCAGUAUCCGCGCAAGUACGGUGUAUGCAGCACUCUUCACUCGCUACUCGAGCUCGGCAAACCAGUUCGACCCGUGCUCGACUUUCUAGGCGAUAAGCUUGACUUGGAACGACGGGACCCUCAGGGACGGACGCUAUUUCUGGCCGCCUGUCGGAGCCCCAUCGGCUUAGAUGCAUCCAUCGACGGAGACUUCCACGCCCUCUCUCAGGAUAGCACUUAUCAUGGCCUCCGUGAAAACCCCUAUCCGCAACCCAACAACCCUUGGAGACAGUCUGAAACUGAAGGUUACACUCUGGUCCUCCCUGGCCCCACUCUCCUCGAGUUCUUUAUAUCCCAUGGAGCAAAUCUUCUUGCCGUCGAUAACUACGGUAGAAACGCCCUUCAUCAGCUCUUCAUAUCCUUCCACCGUGAAGCCAAGGUACAACCUCCGAUCAUUGAAGCCGGACUCAAGUAUUUGGUCGCAAACUGCCCCAGUCUAGUGAAUCAGCCCGACUAUGCCGGUUUUUAUCCACUGCAUUUUGCAAUAAGACGAAUGGGCGUAUAUAUGAAAGCUGAAGAUACUCUCAUCCCGACUGCUAUUUAUAGAUUGGAGACUGCCGUCGACGACCUCCUUGUCGGGGGUGCGGACCCGCUUGUUCGCGAUAGCCGCGGUAACACAGUUCUCCAUUACCUUGCAGCCUGCAAACUUGGCGAAAAUGAUAAGAUUGGAAUGGGCAACGAACAAAGACGUCUCCUUCGGGUAUUCCUCUCCCGCGGGGUUGAUCCGAAGGUGCGAAACCAAGACGGCAAUUCAGCGCUGGAGCUCUUUUUCAGGACAGGUCCCGUCCCAAUGAUGAAGGAGGCGGCUUGCUAUGAUGCUGUUGGGGAAGAAAUUAUUGGCGCUUUUGAGCAGGCGGGCUGUGAUCUAAUGGAGACCACUCCGGAUGGACAGACGCUGUUGCAUUUGGUCGCUGCGCUGGUUUCCGUUCGGGCGUUUCCAUGGUUUAAAAUCCUUCAGGGUAAGGGGCUUGAUCCCAUGGCUCGAGACAAGGAAGGGAAUACCCCAAUCGACAUCGCAAUGGGGAAUGAAAAAUUAGCAAAGCACUUUCGAAAAGAACAAGCGGAGAUAUAA